AUGACGAUUCAAUUUGUGACCUUUGGAAUGUUCAUCAUCGAUGAAUUUUCCUUUGCAGAUGAGCAAGGGAAACCUACCGGAAAGACGAUUGGAGGUGGAGGAACGUAUGCUAUUAUCGGUGCUCGCAUCUGGUUGCCUCCUGAUACCCUCGGGAUGAUUGUUGAUAGAGGAAACGAUUUCCCUCAGGACAUAGAGGAUCGGUUACUGACUUACGGUUCCAACCUAUGGCACUUUCGUGACAACAUGAAUCGCGUUACUACUCGAUCAAGGAAUUUUUACAGAGGACAACAUCGAGGUUUUGAAUACAUCACUCCGCGGAUCAGACUGACGCCUUGCGACUUGGAAAGAACGCGACUUACACGUCCUGCUUCGGUUCAUUUCAUUUGUUCACCCACACGUGCACUUCAAAUCGUAUCAGAAAUCCAACAGGUUGAAGAAUGGAACCCGACCACAAUAUUUGAACCCAUACCUGAUAGAUGUAUUCCCGAGGAGUUACCUUCGCUGAAAGCAGUCCUCCCACAUAUCACAAUCCUCAGUCCAAAUGCUGAGGAGGCACUGAACUUGCUUUCUCUUCCGUUGAUUGUCACGAAAUCUGCUGUUGAAAAUGCUGCAUCGGAGUUCUUCAAGAUGGGUGUGGGUAAAGAACAUAGUGGAAGCGUUAUAAUACGCAGUGGUGCCCUCGGUGCAUAUGUCAUGUCUUCUGACGAGAAAGGGCGAUGGAUUGAUGCAUUCUGGAGUUCCGCUGAGAAUGUCGACAAUUUGGAGGUGGUCGACGUCACAGGUGCUGGCAACUCUUUUCUUGGUGGGCUUGCCGCGGGAUUGUCCAUCGCAAACGGAGAUGUCUAUGAAGCAACACUAUAUGCUUCGGUGUCAGCCUCUUUCACGGUUCAACAACUUGGUCUUCCAAACCUUACAGUGGGUUCCGAUGGAGUUGAAGAAUGGAACCAAGACUCUCCACAUAGACGCCUUGAAGUUCUGAGGCAGCGACAAGACAAAGAAAUAGAAAAUAAAAAUCAUUAG